CUCUAAUAAGGUCUUUAUGGCGACCACGGAAGCGCAUUGUCGGCGCCUGGCAGCAAUCGCUGGCGGCAGUGAGAAGCUGGAUUGAAAGACAUCUCCAAGUGAUUUUCCCGCGCUAGGGUGGGGGAGGACGAUCCACGACUGGAUUGGAGAAGCGCAUUGACGGAUUGGAUUGGAGGUAUGCCGCGCUGCUCGAGAGAUUCAAGCGGCCGAAGAUUGGGGGCGGGGAUUCCCGUGAAGCCGCCAUUGGCACCAAAGAAGCCGCUGGAUGAUUGGGUCUUUGUAUAUGGCCAUCCAAAACGACUGAUUUUUCUUGUUCUUUGUUCCCUUCCAUUUUUUUUCCUUGUUUCUUUGUUUCUUUGGUUCCAUUUUUGCUUCUGUUUUUCCCUUUCUUUUUCGUUCUUUGGGGAUGCUUACCGGACGAAUGCUAUGAUUCUGUACAGACGUUCCAGUUGGAAAGCGAAGACUCUACGACUACUUGGCUGGUGGAGUAUAUUUUGCACAGCCUGCAACGCGAAGAGCCCGCUAUCAAGAGGAUUGGAGGAAUUAGAGACAAGGAGGAGCUCUGGUGGCUUAUAAAGAAUCUCAAGGAAAGGAUUUCCAUGAGAGACAAGCUUCCAAUGAAGGAUCCGCUGUGGGAGCAUCAAUCAACGAAAUGUAUCCGUGCCGAGAACCGUUUGAGACGUUUCUUACAAG